CGCGGCUCCCGGGGGCUGCUUGGCACUCCUUCCCGCCUGCCCAGGCUGCGAACCCGGCCCCAGUGCGGGUCCCACCCCCAGCCUUGACGCCAGCGCGCUAAUGAAAUGCUAAUACCGGGGGCGCCGAGCCGGUCGCUGCCAGCACCAAUAAAACCCGGCGCGGAGCCGGGGCUCUGCCCGGUGCCAGCCCGCAGCCUCCACAGCCAUGCAGAGCGCAGCCCCCGGGCCGGCCGCCCCCGCCCUGCACCUGCUCACCUCCUACUUCAUAGACAGCAUCCUGGGCCGGAGCCCCGCCGCCAGGCGGCAAGGCGGGGACCCCACGGAGCCGCCCGAGCCCUGCCCCGCGCCGCUGGCGGCAGAGAAGCACCCGGUCCCCGGCGCGUGGGCGGAGAAGGAAGCGGCAGAGGACGCGGAGAAGGGCAGCAGCUGCCCCGGGGAGCCGGCGGCUGGUCUCUCCGGCUCAGCCCCCGCAGCUGCGGCCGAGGCGCCGGGGCCCCUGAAGCGGAAGCAGCGGCGCUACCGCACCACGUUCAGCAACUUGCAGCUGGAGCAGCUGGAGCGGGCGUUCCGCAAGUGCCACUACCCCGACGUGUUCACCAGAGAGGAGCUAGCAAUGCGUCUGGAUUUAACAGAAGCCAGAGUUCAGGUCUGGUUUCAAAACAGAAGGGCAAAAUGGAGGAAACGUGAAAAAACUGAAUUGUUAGGGAACGUUCCAGGACUCUCCUUAACGCAUCCAUUGGGUCUGUUUUUGGACAUUCCAUUGAGUCAGUCUCCUCUUCUGGACCACGCAUGGAGAUCAAUGCCACUUUCAACAAUAGCUAUGCCAUCCGUAACUCCAGCAUUCAACCCUGCAAGUUUAGGGCCGUUUGGUCUCAGCAGUCUUGCCUGGACAUCGCUCUUCAGAAAUCCAAUUUUAAGUCCCCAUUUUGGAAGAUUUCUCAAUGCUUUAAAUCCUCUCAUGACAACAGCUUCAGUCUUAAUGAAAGCACCAGGACCCCCGUCAGACCCUGGUCUCACUGCCUUCACUGAUCCGGCAGCAGUUGAAAGGAAAACGUCGAGCAUUGCAGCACUAAGGCUCAAAGCGAAAGAACAUUCAGCACAAAUCCCUCAAUUAAACCUCCUAUCCAGUCUUACAAACACUAACAAAGAACUUUGUUAGGAACUUUCCCGCAGACUGCAGUAGCAUAGGAGAAAGCAAAUGCCUUCUCCCAUAAGUGGAUCCAGUUAUACAGAGGCAUAUAAAAAAACCCAUCCAUCUGUAGAUCUUCCAUCUGCAAAAUGGACUGAUGGAAAUUUUAAUCCUGCUAAAAAUAGCUUUCCUUUAUUAUAACACAAAAUUGUGCGGUCAUGUAGCAAAUGAUAAAUGAGUACUUAUGGUGAAUUUUCAACAUUACAAAAGAUAUACAUCAGGAAUUGACUCUUCUACAUAAAUAAAACUAAUGUGAAGAACGAGUUUGCUGUGAAACCCCAUGAUGUACUGGACAUUAGCACAAAGGUUGAAAAUCCUCUGUAGAAAUAACUCUGGAGUUUUAUAAACAAUCCUUAAAUGAUGUCUCAGGAGGAACUGUGUAACCACAAUAGUUUAGACCUAAGAAUCAAGAUAUGGUAUGUUCUUAAUUUAAAGAUCAUGCUUCACGUUGAAGUACAAAUGCCAGUGAAAUUUCACAAAGUAAACAGAAUGAUCAGGAAUGAGGUAUGAAAUAUUUUGAAUAUAGGGCUUUGAUUCAAAACUAGGUUUGUACAAAAUGUAUCCUGUUUCAAACUGAAAUAAACAAAAAAAAGUUUGCUUA